UCCAAAUGAAAGCAUAGAGACGGGAUAGACUCCAAUGGCGUCAACCGUCAUCUCUCCUCCAUCCACAACCUAAUUUUCUUCUUCAGCGACUCUCUCACCCCAAAACCUCUGUUUCUUCUCUCCGUGUCCAUUUGAGGACCUUAUCAUCUUCCAUACUCGGUCGGUUUUAGAAUUACCAUGCAUCAACGAAACCUCACAAACAAGUCCUGUGACCAUAAGGAGCAAGAGAAAUCGAAGUGUAGUGAAAUGGUGAGAAUCUGCCCCUUCUGUUCUUCCCUCUGCACUCCUCUUUGACUGCGAUGGUGUGCUUGUCCACACAGAAAAAGAGGGCCAUAGGAUUUCUUCUGCAACACUUUCUCAGAACCUACUUUAACAAGAUGGGUUGGCCGGACAAAGCUCAGAGCGAGGAAGAAAGGAAGGAAUUUAUAGCUUUACUUCACAAGCUAAAGAGGGAGUUGUUCAUGGCCCUUAUUGAGAAAAAGUUGCUGCCUCUUUGGCCUAGAGUUGCAAAGUCUCUGCAAUGGUUUCAUUCUUGCUGGGACCCGAGCAAGCAGAAAAAAUUAAGAUAUUUGCAGGAGAUGUUGUUCCUUGUAAAAAGCCUAAUCCAGUAAACUUCUUGUCCGGCCUAGUAUUUUUGUAGUGUUUGAAUAAUAUAUGGAAGUUAUAUUAUUUGAUUUUGUUCUAUCACAGUUGAAAUUUUGUUUUGUUUUGUUUUGUUUUUUUUUUUUUUUUUUCUUUUUCUUUUUCUUUUGUGAAUCUCAAACAUAUGGCUUCAUAAUUUGAAAACCUUACAAGUUCGCUAUAUUUGCAAUGGAGAAGACUUGUUUCAAGUGCUAUAAGAAACAAAAUAUGCCUCUCAUUUGCCAAGUAAACAAGACAUGAUGUUUCCAAAUUUUUGUUGCCUUAUGGUGCCUCCAAAUAUGUACUCAUGUUGAGUAGUUCAAAAACGUCCUCUCUGAUUGGUGAAGAAACUGACGACUGUUUGCAUAUAUUACUUAGUUUUAGUAGAUGUUUUUGAAGUCCAUCAUGUAAGAAUAAUGACUCACCAUAUUAAUAAUAAUGACACACCACAUAUUUGUUUAAUCCUCCGACAUUACCCAUUUUGGUUUGUCUUCCAUUGAAGCUAUCUCAUUGAUUCUUUUGCUUUAUGACAUUUCCUAUUUUGGUUUGUCUUCCAUUCAGUAUAUUUCCUAUUGUUUCCAUCUCGUUGAUUCCUUUGCUUUAUGAUCUUUUAUUAACUUAUGAUUUCUUUACACUGAAAGCUAUGAAUGAUAGCUAUAAUUGAUCAGCCAAUUUGCAAUUCUUCUACUUGAUGGUCUGUAGUUAAGUUGCCUAUAAAUAGCAGAAGCAUCGGUCCUCUCUCUACCCCAUUCUAAUAGAAGUGUAGUUGCCAUCUUUUAUACGCAUUAUAGAUACAACACAUAAGUGAGUAAAGUGUGUAGAAGGGAUUAAGGGAGAGAAACCAUCUUCUAGAUCUUCUUGAUUAAUCAAAGAGGUGAUUAUUGUUCAUUCGAUAUUUCAACAUCUUCGCACAUAUGGAUCAAGGUAUUUAUGAUUAUACAUUAUUUAUGCC